CAGAGCACGGAUUCCAUCUACAAAUCAAACCUUGACAAUGCAUUAAGGCUCUGAGAAAGGACCUGAUUGAUUUGAAUUGACAAUGCUCAAAAAGAAGUGCUAUCACACGUGUGUCCGAUGAUUACUAUCCAGGAAACCCAACAACACAGACAGUGCAUGUGGCGGCUGUGGCUUAUAACAGCAUAUUCUUUGGUGAAGUUGUCGUCCCAGAUUGGGACAUGUUCUAUGUAUGACAUGGUCCUCUAAUUUUAUGCUUACUAACUGCUUAAUAAUUCUACUAUGUAAUUUCUUUAAAAACUUUCAGAGCCUCCAUAAUUCAGCUGAGUUUCAUGCAGUUGCUAGAGCAGUUGGAGGUUGUGGAGUCUAUGUUAGUGAUAAGCCCAGUCAGCAUGAUUUCAAGAUACUUAGAAGGCUUGUACUGCCUGAUGGAUCAGUGCUGAGGGCAAAAUACCCAGGGAGGCCAUCAAGAGAUUGUUUAUUUAAUGAUCCAGUUAUGGAUGGAAAAAGUCUGCUGAAGAUCUGGAACCUGAACGAAUUUACUGGAAUUAUUGGAGUCUUCAAUUGCCAAGGAGCAGGAAGCUGGCCUUGUCUGGAGAACACUGUCCAAAGAGACAUUAUCUCUGACCUAUCUGGACAGGUCUCUCCUACUGAUAUCGAGUAUUUUGAAGAGGUCUCAGGGAAAUCAUGGAUGGGAGAUUGUGCAGUCUUUUCCUUCAACACAGGGACCCUGUCUCGGCUACCAGUGCAAGAAUCGUUCACGAUCACGUUGAACACAUUGCAAUGUGAUGUGUUUACUGUGUCUCCCAUUAAGGUUUACCAUCAGAAGAUUAAGUUUGCUCCCAUUGGAUUGAUAAAUAUGUACAAUGCUGGAGGAGCUAUUCGGGCAGUUGAAGUUUCUAAAGAUUCUUCUAAUCGUAGAAUUGUCAUCAAGGGAAGAGGAGCUGGUCUUUUCGGAGCAUAUUCCGAUCCAAAGCCAAAGUUUUGCUCUGUGAACUCUCAAGAACAUGAAUUCAAAUAUAGAAGUGAAGAUUAUUUCUUUACUAUACCCACUGGUGGUACAAGUUCAUGGGAUAUUACCAUUCGUUAUUGAGGCUUCAUUUUUGCUUUUAGCCAAGAUUCAAAUCAAAAGAAGAAAAACGACUGAAGAAAUUGUAGCACCUAGACUGGAAAUGUUCUCAACGAACCAAUGGUGUGUACAUAAUGAACUACUAAUUUUGGAGUGUUUAGCAUUGUCGGCCUACAAACAGGCCUAUCAAACAGUCCAUGAACGCAAACGGGCAAGCCAUCAGCUUAUCCUCUUCUGCCACAGAGCUAGUUUCCUUUACUGAAUGCACAUCAGAAAAGGCAAUCCUCCUACACUUCGUUGAUCAACUCCUUUUCCUUGUUUCGAAAUAAAUUUUGUUCCUUGGAGGAAGUAAAAAAGAACCAGCCACUCUAUUCCCGCCAACCAGUAACUCAACUAUAUAUAUAUAUAUAUAUUCACUGCCGAUAUAGUUUUAGAUUUUCCAACCGAACCUUGUUUGGGUGUGUGUGCCUAUAUGCUUCUUUCAUUCAGGGCUGCAUUUCAACCGAG